UCUCGUCCUCAAUAGCGUGAGAUUUUUCUUUAUAUCUCUCUCUUCCCAUUGCCCACAAAUCUCGUCUCUCUCUCUCCCCAACGGCGGCGAAACCAUGUCGACGCCGGCGAGGAAGCGGCUGAUGAGGGAUUUCAAGAGGCUUCAACAGGAUCCACCUGCUGGAAUAAGCGGUGCUCCUCAGGACAACAACAUCAUGUUCUGGAACGCUGUUAUCUUCGGGCCUGAGGAUACCCCAUGGGACGGAGGAACUUUUAAGUUAACCCUCCAGUUUUCGGAGGACUACCCAAAUAAGCCUCCAACUGUCCGUUUUGUUUCGCGGAUGUUUCAUCCAAACAUAUAUGCCGAUGGUAGUAUUUGCCUGGAUAUUUUGCAAAAUCAGUGGAGCCCAAUUUACGAUGUUGCAGCCAUACUCACGUCUAUCCAGUCUCUGCUAUGUGAUCCGAAUCCAAACUCCCCUGCGAACUCAGAAGCAGCCCGGAUGUUCAGCGAAAACAAGCGAGAAUAUAACCGGAGGGUUCGGGAGAUUGUGGAGCAGAGCUGGACAGCCGACUGACCAAAACGAUGCCGAGACUUAAAAUGUUUCCAUCAUCUCACGAGUUUCUCUUGGUGCUAUUUCAACUGUUCCAGGGUUUGGUUUGGUGUUUUGUUUCUGCCUUGAAGAACAGCCCUUCAUGCUUUUGAGAUUUGAAUCCGAAAACUGAAUCAUACCCAAAAUUCUGGUGUAUUAGAGAAGACGUUGAUUAUUCAUGUAAAUGAAAUAAAGUUAGUGGUGAUUUCCAAAUGAUUUAGGGGUGAUUUGGUAAACAAAUCUUAGAAAUGAUGGUAAUAUGGUGAUAAGUUGUAAAAGCUAAUGAAAGUGAUUUAUGUUUAUAUGCAUA